GCGCCGCAUGGGGAUGCGCCAUCGCCAUAUUUUACUGUUUUUUCAUAUUUUAAGGUUUUUGCAUGAUUUAAAGACACAUUGGCGUUAAUGAAAGGUUAGUUUGACGCACGUAUAAUUUAAUUAAUCACUGAAUUACAGAUAAACAUAACAGCUACACUGUUGUUCACCAACAUGGAGACUUUAUUCGAGUGUCGUUAAACAUCGACGGAAGCUCAACAGCGCCACCGGAGGUGGUGGGUCCGCAUGACACGCUGAAGGUGUGUGUGUCCGUGUGUGUUGCUGCUUAUCGAUCGUCAGCUCCGUAAAAAGCCAGCGGGGUCCAAAAGAUCACGGAAAGAUUCAGAGCAGGGAGGUUUUUUCAAGCCACUAUUGAUCCGUGGACCGUUUCAUCACCUCCUGUACACAGCGCCGACAUGUUGGCUCUGUUGACUCGAGCCAAAACUCCCUGAAUUUACACAUUAAUAUUAGUAAUAAUAAUAAUAAGUCUUUGCCCGGAUCGGAUCAUUGUUUUGGCCGCUUUCCGAGGAGCAGCAUCUGGAGCUGAUGGCAGAGCAUCUGUCCCAGAGUGAGCUGGUCUAUCCCUUCAAACUUCUGGACUAUCUCAACGGAUUCAGAGUCUCAAAGGUAACCUUUAGUAAUUGUGAGUUGGGAGUGUUUGACCCCCUGCUGAAGUCCCAGGAGCCUCUGAGUGCCCAGCAUGUGGCCCGGGAGCUGAGCACCAGUGUGGACGGGAUGGAGAGGCUGCUGGACGCCCUGGUGGGCAUGGAGAUCUUGGAGGUGGAGACUACAGAUGAGGCAGCUUUGUACAGCAGCACUGAUGUGACGAACCUUUACCUGGCCCAAGGCAGCGUCAAGUCUCUUCACAACAUGAUCAUCUACCAAUCCCAGACCAUCUACCCACUGUGGAACAACUUGGCAGACGCCGUUAGGGAGGGGAAGAAUCAAAAUGAAAAGACCUUCGGCCUUCCACCAGAAUCUGUUUUCCAAGCUCUUUACAGAUCGGAGGAGGAGAUGCUGAAGUUCAUGGGUUUGAUGAACUCCUCGUGGAUCCUCGACGGACAUGACAUCACGACGGCAUUCAACCUCUCCUGCUUUCAGACAAUAGUAGAUCUCGGAGGAUGCACUGGCGCUCUUGCCCAGGAGAUGGUGAAGGUAUAUCCAUCCUCCUCCGUCACAGUGUUUGACCUCCCACAGGUUGUAGAAGCAGCUCAGAAGCAUUUCUCUCAGGAGAACGACGGUGUUGUAUUCCACACUGGUGAUUUCUUCAGCAGUGAACUACCUGCUGCCGACCUGUACAUUCUGGCCAGAAUCAUUCACGACUGGUCUGAAGAGAAGUGCCUGACACUCCUGAAGAAGAUCUACGACAUCUGUAAACCAGGUGGUGGCAUCCUGCUGGUGGAGGCCAUGCUGUUUGAGAACAGACGAGGCCCUGUCAUGGCUCAGAUCUUCUCCCUAAAUAUGCUGGUGCAGAUGGAGGGCCGGGAGCGCCCGCCGUCCGAGUACACCCACAUGCUCAACAAGGCCGGCUUUCAAAACAUUCAGGUCUGCCGGACCGGCAAGACCUACGAUGCCAUCUUGGCAAUCAGAUGAGCUCAGACUGAAAGUACUAAAUCAACUAAAUUACACCAAGUCACAGUUACAAUAAAAUGAGUAUAAGUGUGAAACUAUAGCCAGCAGCCGUCACCAGUAGGAGAGCAAUGUCAAGAUACAAACCUCAUAUCAGAUGUUUUCUGUAACACUGUCAUCAGUUUGGACGCUGUUGAAUAAUGUCUACCCAGUGUCUGUUUUUAUUUGUCCCUGUUAGGAAAGUUACAAGCUACCCAGCAGUAAUUCAGAUUAUAAGGUGGUUUCCAUUUACCAGCUGCAUUAAUAAAGCAAUGUACGCAGCAAUUAUAAUCUAAUAAUAUGACCUGCAUUAAUGUGAAAUGUGCCAUUCUGCAUGAGUACUGUUACUUUUAGUACUUUCAGUAUGUGUUGCCCUUAUAUUUUUGUACUUUUACUGUAACAGUAUUUUUCACACUGGUAUUGCUAGCCUACUUUUUUUACUUGAGUAAAAAACCUGAGUAUUCUUGUGUGUAUGAAAAUAAAACAUGAAAUGAUCCUUAA